CAUGGGGGGGGGAUUUAGUAAAAAUAAAUAAGAAAGACAUGAUAAUGAAAGUGUUAAACGUCUUAAAGAAUAAUUUGGAUGUAAAUCAACUGGUUUAAAUGCUAAACAAUAAUCACCAGUAUAAGUUAAUAGUUCUAAUAUUGAUUGAUUAUCUCUAAAUAUUUGAUUUAUCAAUUCUUGAUCAUUCCUAUGUUUAUUACAAUGUAAUGUCAAUGAAGUACAAAUUUGUUUAAAUACAUUUAAAUAUUGUGCAUAUUUUUCUUCUUCAUUUUGAUUUUCUGAUACAUCUAACCAUAUUACUGAUUCCAAUUGUGAAUCCAUAUCCGGAUGCAGUAUUAUGCUUUUGUUCAACGUGAUCGUUAGAAAUUCAACAAACAACACACAAUGUAGCAUUAAGUCCACAGUCAAUUUUAAUUGAUUUUGAAGUUGCUUCAUGGAAUGCUUUCUCGCGUAAUUUUCCAACAGCUAGGGUGAAAGGUUCUCAUUUCCAUUUUGCACAAAACAUAUGGAAAAAGAUCAAGAAGUACGGUUUAACAAAAUUAAUCCUAAAUAAUGACAACGCACGUCGACAGGUGGCUAAUCUGACGGCAUUGCCCUUAUUACCUUCAAAUGAGAUAAAUGAAGCAUUUUCAAAUAUAAUAGAAUCAUUCUUCGAACUCGGUGAUAAAUGCAUCAGAUUGACUGAUUAUGUGUUGAAAACGUAUAUUGAAGAACCAAGGUAUUUGAUAGAUUUCUGGAGUCAUUUUGAUCUGAUUGGAAAAAGACCAGGUACCAAUAAUCAUGUCGAAGGUUAUCAUGGACAUUGUGAAAUACAUCCACAUCUUCGGGCGUGGAUCCGUUACAUACAGGAAGGUGAACAGUCGACAACGUCACGAUACGAACAAGCACAACAACAUACCACACGUCGAAAAAAGAGAAGAACUGUGAAUAAUGAUCUUCGCCUAACGGAAGCAACGAAGAGUUAUUUUAAUGGACCCUUGGGUUCAGAAGAUUAUCAAGCAACAUUACGAUCUUUAAGCUACCGUUAUAUAGUUGUGUUAGAUAAUGAUUCUAAUUCUUAA